AUGGAUUUCGAAAGCUCUGAUGAAGAAGGCAAGCCUCUGGUACCCAGUUUUCCAGAGACGUUACGUUCGAGCAGACAUGGAUCGCUACGGCGCCAGUGCAGCACAGUAUUGCUGGUAUUGCUCUUUGCCAACGUACUGUUGAUGCUUAUAACAGCAAUCUGCCUCUACCUUCUUGCGACCACGACCGGUCUUGUGAACCAAGGUCAGCGGAUAGACUGCUUCGACGACACUCUUCUCAACCCACCAAUCGUUUGGGAACAGCGAACCUUUAACAGCACUGUCGAUAUUGCCAAGGACGCUGUAACAGACUCCUUUGAACCCGUCAGCCCUACGACGUCUGCGGAUUGGGGUCGUGUGCUUGACGUGGGCGAAAUUCGCAUCAGUCUAGAGGAAGCCGCACGAUUGCCGUCCGAAACAGCACCUCUAUAUGGUGGUGAAGAAGGAUAUGCAGGGGUGCUCGAAGUCUUUCAUCAACUUCACUGUUUGAACCGCAUCCGUAAGAAGUUCUACAACCUGACCGUCCACGACGACAGCACCGACUCAGAACACCUUAACACAUCCCAUGACAAGCAUUGUUUCGACUACCUAUGGCAGACAUUGCUCUGCCACGCCGACGUCAGUGUAAUGAGUGUCGGGUGGAACGACAAGCAAAAAGCAUUCAACGCCAAUUUCGCAGUGACCAAGCAAUGUCGGAAUUUCAAUGUCAUUCACAAUUGGGCCAAGAAUCGCGAGGCCAAGCUCCCGCCGCCGGGAGAUACGCACCCGGGAAGGAUUGAAAGUGAAGAUGGAAUGAAUGAAUAG